AUGGCAGACCCAGCCUCUCGUGCCAAAGCAUGGCCUCUUGCAAAGCCCGAGCUUAACGAUCAGAUCCUUGACUUGGUCGAAAGGGCGUCGCAGUUCAAGCAGCUCAAGAAGGGUGCAAACGAAGCCACUAAAACACUUAAUCGUGGCAUUUCGGAAAUAAUCAUUCUGACUGCAGACACGGAGCCUCUGGAGAUCUUGCUUCAUCUUCCUCUGUUGUGCGAGGAGAAGGUAGGAAAUAUUCUUAUUGCUUUGACACAUGGAACUUCGCUCUAA